ACCAAGUCUCAGAGUAUCAGUCCCUGAAGUCAAGUCUAAUGUUGAAGCAAGGAGAACCAUGGAUGGAGGAGAGAGGAAUCUCAAGUUGGCCCUAUCCAGACUGUGAAAUUAGACCCCAAAUUAAAGAAUUAACUCCACAAAAGAGUCUUUCUGAAGAGAUACUCUGUAACAUAGUAGACUCAAUUUUUAAAAACUUGAAACUUGAAGAUGGACUAAAUCAUCAGGAAAACCAAGAGAAGCUUGUGAACCAAGUUGUACUUCACAGUAAGUCACUGACUGAGGAAAUAGAUUGUGAAUAUAAUGUCCUGGAGAAAGUAGUCCCUGUGAACAGAGCAGUUAAUGAACAUAUCAGUACCUUUGUGCAGACGUCACACCUUUUUGCACAACCUACACUUCUUACCAGCAAGAAACCAUAUAAAUGUAUACUGUGUGGGAAAGCCUUUAGUGGAAAGUCAGGACUCAUUGUGCAUCAGAGAAUUCAUACUGGGGAGAAACCAUACAAAUGUAAUGAAUGUGAAAAAGCCUUUAUUCAGAAGCCACAACUUACUGUACAUCAGAAAACACAUACAGGAGAGAAACCCCAUGAAUGUAGUCAUUGUGGGAAAGCCUUUAUCCAGAAGCCAAGCCUCAUUAUUCAUCAGAGGAUUCACACAGGGGAGAAACCCUAUGAAUGCAAUGAAUAUGGGAAAGCUUUCGUCAAGAAGUCAACUCUUAGCGUGCAUCAAAGAGCUCAUACUGGGGAGAAACCAUAUGAAUGCAGUGAAUGUGGGAAAGCCUUCGUUUUGCAUUCUCAGCUCAUUGUACAUCAGAGAAUACAUACUGGGGAGAAACCCUAUGGAUGUAAUGAGUGUGGAAAAACCUUUCACUGGAAGUCAGAACUAAGUGUUCAUCACAGAAUUCAUACUGGGGAGAAACCUUUUGAAUGUAAUGAAUGUAAAAAAUCCUUUAUUCAGAAAUCAGAUCUCAUUGUACAUCAGAGAAUUCACACUGGGGACAAACGAUAUCAAUGUAGUGAAUGUGGGAAAGCCUUCACUCGGAGUUCACACUUCAUUGAACAUCAGAGAAUUCAUACUGGGGAAAAACCCCAUGAAUGCAGUGAAUGCAGAAAAGCUUUCAUCCAGAAGUCACAACUUAUUGUGCAUCAGAGAAUACAUACUGGGAACAAGCCAUAUGAAUGCAGUACAUGUGGAAAAGCCUUUAGCAAGAAGUCACACCUCACAAUACAUCAUAGAAUACAUACUGGAGAAAAACCCUAUGAAUGCAAUGAUUGUAGAAGAGCCUUCAGCAAAAAAUCUACUCUCAUAGUUCAUCGAAGAAUUCAUGUUGAACAGAAAUUCUUUUAGUGGAAUGAGAAAACCUUGAGUCAAUGAUCAAAACUUUAAUACACAUCAUAGAAUUUAUAGCUAGAAACCCUAUGAAGGAUCUAAACAUGGGAUGCCUUUAACAAUAGCUCCAGAACUAGCAAGCACUAGAAAAUUUGUACUGAGAAACAACAAUACAAAUUUAAUGAAUUUGAAAAGUUAUGUUUAAAAAAAAAACUACAUUGAAUAUCUUGGUUCAGACUUAACACUGAAAGCUUUCUUUAAAGUAUGUUAGAAAAAAUCUAAAUUACAUCAUUGAUUAUUAUGAAAUACUUUUUUUUUUUUAUACAGAGUCUCACUAUGUCACCCUCAGUAGAGUGCAGUGGGAUGACAGCUCACAGCAACCUCAAACUCUUGGGCUUAAGCAAUUCUCCUGGGCUUGGCGCCUGUGGCUCAAGCAGCUAAGGUGCCAACCACAUACACCUGAGCUGGCCAGUUCGCAUCCAGCCCAGGCCUACCAAACAAUAAUGAUGGCUGCAACCAAAAAAUAGUCCCAGCUACUUGGGAGGUGGAGGCAGGAAAAUUGCUUGAGCCCAGGAGUUGGAGGUUGCUGUGAGCUGUGAUGCCAUGGCACUCUACCCAGGGCAACAGCUUGAGGCUCUGUCUCAAAAAAAAAGAAAAGAAAAAGCAUUUCUCCUGCCCCUCAGCCUCCCAAGUAGCUGGGACUACAGUUGCCCACCACAAUGCCUGGCUAUGAAAUACAUUUUUUAAAAUAAGUAAAUCAAGAAAUUUGAACAAAGUGACAAACACAUAAGUGCUCUUUCUGCAAGUGAUGUAGAAAUGAAUGGCAUGCAACCCAAAUAAUCUGUUCGUCAAAGGUGAAUAUGGACAUUCAUACUACGUUUGCACACUAAAUGACACCAUGUUCCCACAUUGUAAAACAAAAUGUAAAUGGUAAUAGACUGAAAAAGCAAUAUAGUUUGUUAUUUAACAGGAAUACAUACAUAUAUGUAUAUAUAUUUGUAAGUCAGUGGUAGACUUUAAGAAAAUAUACGUAUAAUUUAAAGAAUACAGAGGUAAGAAAGACCCAGAAUAAUACGAGGUUAAAAAAGGGCAGUGAAGUGGCAAUAGAUAGUAUUGGCAUACUCCACACUUGAAACAAAAUAGUUCUGCACAAGGAACUCCUUUUUAUAUUCCUUUUACUUUGCAAAUCAGUAUGGUAUUUAGACAAGUACUGUUAACAUAGUUGUGUUCUUUGUAUCUGUAUGAUGAACAAAAUUAGGGUUUGCUAAAGCUACUCUUGUUUGGAGGUUUCUACCACAGGCAUUCUGUUAAACCAUUUAGCAUAUGCAUCUUAUUCACUAAAUCUGUAGUCAAUGAGGUAAAGCAAAUCUGUGAGACUGGCCUUAUCUCCAUUUUAUAAAUGAGGCAAGUGGAGCUCAGAAAGGAUCCCUGCUCCCAGCUAUUGCUGUAUGUGGCUAGUCAGUGGAAUGUUGAGAUUCUGAUUAAGUCCUUAACCCACACAGUAUUCUGUCCCACUGAGAACAUGGAUAAGGGCCAUGUCACUUAAGCUCCAGACAGAACUCAAUUGAAUAAGACCAAGCAUUGUGGUAUUCUGUAUCUCCCUGCAAUAUGUUGAAUAAAUGAAGAAACAUGCAUUUUAAAGGGCUAUGAUUAGAUUCAGAAUUCUAAUAUGGAGGAGCUGCUAGAGACAUUUUCUUCAGGGAUAUCUGUUUUGUUGCCCUAUAAAUUUCCUUGUGACCAGCCUGAAUAUUAGCAAUUACACUAUUGGGGGUGGAGCAUGAUGGCGGAGCAUGAGGACAGACGUGUAGCCCACCUCUCCCAAGCCACCAGGUGAGAGGAAAGGUGGUCU